UUCAUGCCUCUCAGUUUAACACGCAUGAAGCAGAAAGUUCUGCUGAGGAACAAAAACCUUCCAGCCUGAUUCGGUUCUCAUGAAGCAAAGUUCGGUUCUGUUGUCACAACAAACUAUCUGGUUAAAUUCAAGCAUUUAAGAAUUAAAAUCUGACUUUCGAAAUGAAUCUUUAUGUUGUAUUAACUUUUCUAAAUGAUCAUUCUGGCUUUGGCAGAUAGACGUUCAGGUUGUUUAUUUGCGCAGCGUUUGCGGUUUUGCGCAGCAGGACGGGCAGAAAGAGGGACAACAGGACGUUGUUGCAUCUGCUUCACGCAGGCAGGCGGAAUCAUUGCGUCAGUGGCGCACGCAGGGCAGGCUUGUGCGCUCGGCGGAUGAGGCGCAGAGGAGAGAGAGGAAAAAGUUUGUGCGGAUCGGAGCGGAGCGGCGGGACGACGCGCAUUCUACACUUUAUUUGAAGAAGUUCGGCUGGAAGAUUCCCCCACCCUCCUUCCGCCCCAACACCAUGGAGCUGCUCUGCCUCGAAAUGGACACCAGCAUACGAGCCCGUCCGGACCCGAACCUCCUGCGCGAUGACAGAGUUCUGCAGAGACUGCUGACCAUCGAGGAGAGAUUCCUGCCGCAGUAUUCUUAUUUCAAAGGCGUCCAGAAAGACAUUCAGCCCUUCAUGAGGAGGAUGGUCGCUACUUGGAUGUUGGAGGUCUGCGAGGAGCAGAAGUGCGAGGAAGAAGUUUUUCCUCUGGCCAUGAACUACCUGGACAGAUUUUUAGCGAUGGUGCCGAUCAAGAAAUGCAACCUGCAGCUGCUGGGCGCAGUCUGCAUGUUCCUGGCCUCCAAGCUGAAGGAGACGCGGCCAUUAACGGCAGAGAAGCUCUGCAUCUACACAGAUAACUCCAUCAGGCCGCAGGAGCUGCUGGAAUGGGAGCUCGUGGUUUUGGGGAAGUUGAAGUGGAACUUGGCGGCGGUGACGCCGAACGAUUUCAUCGAGCACAUCGUGCGGAGGCUGCCGCUGGCCGACGACAAGCUGGUUCUGAUCCGGAAACACGUCCAGACCUUCAUCGCCCUCUGCGCCACAGAUUUCCGAUUCGCCAUGUAUCCCCCCUCCAUGAUCGCCACAGGAAGUGUGGGGGCGGCCAUCUGCGGCCUGCAGCUGGACUCGGCUGACCGAUCCCAGUGGGGCGACAGCCUGACGGACCUGCUGGCCAAGAUCACCAACACAGAGGUGGACGUUCUGAAGGAGUGCCAGGAGCAGAUCGAGCGCGUCCUGGAGAGCAGCCUGCGUGAGGGCCGGCAGCAGCAGCAGCAGCAGCAGCAGACGCAGCGGGGCCCCAGCGGGAAGGGCCUGGAGGAGCUGGACCAGGCCUCCACGCCCACAGACGUCCGUGACGUCAACUUGUGAAGCACCAGAGGGCGCCGAUGCACAGGAUUUACAAGAAUCUUUUUUAAAAAAACUUUCAGUCUUCAUAAAAGCAGAAAAAAAGAACAAAAGAGCAAAAAAUUUUUAAAAACACAAGGCCUUUAAAGAAAUACAAGGACAGUGCUGGCUAGUUUUGUAGUUGAUCUUUUCUUCAAGCAAAAACAAAAAAAAGCAACAAAAAAAAAACCAAACCUCCUGCACAUGAAAUAGAUUUUCUCUGAUGCUUUAGUGUAAAAGCAACAAGCCUGGUGAAGCUGCGCUGCCUUGGAUGCAGAAGGGAAUCAUUCUGCCUUUACAGCUGCAGACAGGAGAACUGCAGAUGAUCCUUUUUCUAUUUUUAUUUGCAAAGAUGAUUUUUUUCGCCGUCUGCAGGCGGUGGACGAAGAGGACGAGUCCUCCACUGCCAGAUCGUCCACCUCUAUGGACGGACAGAACUGUGUAGAGCAGAUGGUCCCGUUGCCAGGCAACCGCUGGAACGAUAACAGUUAUUAGUAAUAUUUAUAAUUAUUGAUACCAUCAAAAAUAUUUUGGAACUUCAUGAGCUCCUUUGGUUCAGGCUGCUUGUUUGCAUCGGUUUGAGGAUGCAGCUGGCUGGAGAGAGAGAGGGUGUGUGUGUGUGUGUGUGUGUGUGUGUGGGUGUGUGUGUGUGUGUGUGUGUGUGAAAGCUGUUCAGCCUCGUGCUGCAGCUCACCUGAGCUAACGGGGGACAGGUGCGUUAGCAGAGAGACACUUUGUCUCAUCAGGGCUUCACCUCCGACCCAGAGGUUCUUACUGCCGGGCCGGGGGCCGAGGAGGGGCCGGGGCGCGGCCCUCAUUAGCUGCACAGGGUGCAGGAGGAGCUGCAGAGGUUGGAGUGGAUCAAGCAGAACUGUCUGAUGUUUUCCUUUAUGUGUAGCUGGACCUGAGGGCCGGGGGCCCGCUGGGGUCCCGUCCGGCUCCCUUUAUGAUUUUAAUAGCUAAGCACUUUGAGGUGAAGCUCAAAUCAAACGGCCUCCGGGCCAGGAGUGAGGAGUUUUCAUUCCUCAUUUCUCUGGAUCCCAACCAGAACCAGAACCUGCUGCAGAUUCCAGCAGCAGCUUGUCCUCCAGUCCUGCUAAAACUCCCCCCAGAUGAUCCAAUCAGAUAGUCAUGCAGAACCCGAUCGGAUCGGUUCGAAUCCGGAGACUCUGCUUUUCCUUUCUCGAUGAAAAGAUUAGAUUUUUUUUUUUUUUACUUGACAUUUUGUUUUUAUUUAUCUGCAUCAGCCACAGAGAGCCACAGGUGGGCAGCAGAGAGCCACAGGUGGGCAGCAGAGAGCCACAGGGGGCAGCAGAGAGCCACAGGUGGGCAGCAGAGAGCCACAGGUGGGCAGCAGAGAGCCACAGGGGGCAGCAGAGAGCCACAGGUGGGCAGCAGAGAGCCACAGGGGGCAGCAGAGAGCCACAGGUGGGCAGCAGAGAGCCACAGGGGGCAGCAGAGAGCCACAGGUGGGCAGCAGAGAGCCACAGGUGGGCAGCAGAGAGCCACAUGGGGGCAGCAGAGAGCCACAGGUGGGCAGCAGAGAGCCACAGGGGGCAGCAGAGAGCCACAGGUGGGCAGCAGAGAGCCACAGGUGGGCAGCAGAGAGCCACAGGGGGCAGCAGAGAGCCACAGGUGGGCAGCAGAGAGCCACAUGGGGGCAGCAGAGAGCCACAGUUGGGCAGCAGAGAGCCACAUGGGGGCAGCAGAGAGCCACAGUUGGGCAGCAGAGAGCCACAUGGGGGCAGCAGAGAGCCACAGGUGGAGAGAUCCCCUAAACCUCUCCAGUUUGAACCCAGACCAAAAAAAAAAAAGACCAGUUUGAACUCAGUGGGCCCCCUCAGUACUGCACCACCCUAACCCGGCUCACAUGGGGCCCGUGUUUGUUUGUGAUGUUUGUAGCCAUAACAGGCUCUGUUCAAAAGAACCCAAACUUUCUCGUUCCGCUUCCCCAGAAACGGCUCCAGUUCUGGUUCCGGAUCCGGUUUCAUGUGGCUGACUCUGGUUUUCAUUUUCCAUGUCCCACCCCAACUUGUUUCUGCCCCGUCAUCCUUUGGCCUGAUGGAAGCUCUCUCCUGAACAUGAUUACUUUUUCCUGCAGAUUUCGUGCAGCGUGUGUUUUAUAUCGAUGCCACAGUUCAGCGUGUAUGUGUGUGUGUUGUGUGUGUGUGUGUGUGUGUUUCUCUAGGGGGCCAUCAGACCCACUGUGGGGGUUUUGGUUUUAGAGAUACUGUAUUCCAAAGUGAAGAGCGGUCCGCGGUGUGAAGAUGUCAACAACAAAAAGUGUGGAUAUUUUAUUGUGUUUUUUGCGCUGCUAUGAGCUAUGAAUUUUUCAUUUAUACAAAAUAACAUUACCUAGUUGUGAUGUGUCACUUGUGUGCUGCUAUUUUAUAAACAUUUGUAUUAUAAUAUAAUUAUUUUACUGCUUAAGAGAUACAUCCAGAAACAAAGUAGAAGGUUUUAGAAGGUGAGGCGAGGAUUUGACUGGAAAUGUUCCUCGUACAGAUGGAUGGACGGGACGUUUCAUUUCCUGUUUUCUGUUUCCUGUUUCCGUCACGUUCUUCUUCAGGGCGUGCCAUGCCUCAGGAUUACUGGACUCGGUCACACACAGAUCCAUCACAUAUACCUCUGCAGAGGCAGGAGGAACCAUUCCUACUGUUUCCAUGAGCAACGACAGGAACUAAGCGAAGCUUCAGCUGGACUCUGACCACAACAGGAAGAGAGGAGGAAACUUCCUGAAACGCCAUGCAUGUUCAUGCUUGUCUGUGUUGGUGCUACAGCUGACUUGUUCUGUGCUACAGAGGGGAAAAUCCCCAGGAUGGCCAAAGUUUCUGCUUUCCAUGUCCAUGAUCACCAUGAAUGUCAUGAAUAAAAUGGAUUCUGUAUGUGA